CUACCUAAUACCCUAUACCACCUGCCGCCCAUAGCUCAUGAGUUCCGAGGCCGUCUUCCCAAAAAAUUGAAAACCACGUGUAACAACUCUCCGAUAUGACGCUCCGGUUCAGCUCCCAGUAUUACCUCUUGGGUUUCAUCGUUGUUAUUAUCCAAUUCGUACUGCGAGCCGAGGCAGCUCCCCGCCAUGCUACAAUAGUAUCUCGCGACUUGAUCAAUGCCACCACAAAAUAUGAUUUCAUCAUAGCCGGAGGAGGGAUUGCAGGUCUGACGCUGGCAGACCGCUUAACGGAAGUGCCAGAAGUGGCUGUCUUGGUGGUGGAAGCUGGCCCAUUGGAUCACGGGGAGGACGCUGUCCUUGUGCCAGGGGCUUACAACCCCGCCCCAUACUUCUGGCCAAUGGUCUCUGUGCCUCAAACAGCGCUGAACAACACUGUCCAUCUCGCAACAUGUGCACGUGUUGUGGGAGGUGGAAGCACUAUCAAUGCGAUGAUCUUCUUGCGGGGUGAUGUGGAGGAUUAUAACGGUUGGACCAAGCUCAGCAAUGAGGGUUGGUCGUGGGACAGCCUGCUUCCAUAUUUCAAGAAGAGCGAGAACUUUACCGCGCCUGAUCCGGCAUUCGCAGCUGCGGGCAACAUAUCCUGGAUCGAUUCUGUUCAUGGCUUUGGUGGCCCAGUACAAAACACAUACCCGAAUUACUUCUUUCCAGGAAGCGGGAACUGGUGGGUGGCGGCAAAUUCCUCGGGUGUCAACCCAUGCCCCGACCCAAAUGCUGGCGACGUCAAAGGAAUCUUUUGGCUUCGAUUGUCAGAAGAUGCCGAGAAAAGACAUAGAAACCACGCUCGGAUCAACCAUUAUGAGCGAGUGAUCUCUUCAAGGCCAAAUUACCACCUUCUACCUGAUACCACCGUCAGAAGGGUCCUAUUUGAGGGCAACAAGACGACUGGGGUAGAACUCAUGCCUACGACAGGAGGAGAUUUGACUGUCAUGAGUGCUUCCAAAGAAGUGAUCCUCGCAGCAGGAGGUCUCCAUACACCCCAGAUUCUUCAACUCUCCGGAGUUGGCCCAGAGCCCCUCUUGAACUCCUUUGGCAUCAACGUCGUUUCGGAUCUGCCUGGAGUAGGACAGAAUUUCCAGGAUCAACCAACGAUUACGAUGUCAUACAACUUCACUGAUAAUUCGGAGCCGAACUGGAAUACCUUGCUUGGAAAUGCCACCUACGACGCCGAGCAGUUCGCGCUCUACAACAGUACCGGGCGGGGCCCGUACACAAUCACGCGGACUCUGAGCACGAACUUCAUAUCCCUUCCAUUGCAGAAUCUUACUUCAAAAGCUAACGAUAUCAUCGAGAACGCUCGUAGCCUCAGCGGGCAGGGUUCUUCCUUACCCCCAGAUACCGACCCCACUGUGAUUGCGGGAUACAUGAGGCAGCGAGAAAUAAUGCUCGAUCAGCUUGACAACAAAGUAUCCAUCGGUGGGCUACACUGGGGCACCGCGAACACGGGCACACUGUACCUAUUUAAGCCCUUCAGCCGCGGUACAGUCACUAUUAACUCGACAGACCCCCUGGCAAACCCCCUUGUCGACUUCCGCGCGGCCACAGAUCCGACCGACCUGGACGUGGCCGUGGCUCUUGUCCGUAAGGCACGAGAGAUCAUGGACGCGCCUUCCAUGCGUGUGCUAGGGCCGAUCGAGGUGGCCCCGUUCGGACAAGUCGUGCAGACUGACGAGGAGAUCAGGGAGGCUGUCAGGCAGACUUUUAACCCUUCCAAUGGGCACGAGUGUUGCACGGCAGCUAUGAUGCCCAAGGAACUUGGCGGUGUUGUCGAUGACAAACUGAGGGUAUAUGGAAUCGAUGGUCUGCGGGUCGCAGAUACUAGCUUUUGGCCAAUGCCGCUGAACGGAGCCCCGAGUGCUACCGUGUACGCGUCGGCUGAGAAGCUUGCGGACAUGGUCAAAGACGAGUAUUACUCCGAGUAGUCUUUCAAAAUAAGAUACAGAACAUUGGAUAUCUGAAGUCAAGAUAUGAAAAUGUAAUUGAUAUAGCAUCAAGGCUAGCUGGCAGAACAUGGAUGUCCAAACAUGACCUAAUCUGAGGGCCUUUCCCCCAUUUUCCUCGCCAAAUCGAACUCGAAUAUUUCAGUUAAAGCGCCAGACAACGGAAUGCUUAUUCCUCACUGUAUGAGAAUGGAGAUCUUCCCACACGACGGCCAAUCUUGGACAGUUAUUUUCAACUGAUGGACCGUACAUUGCACUUUAGUAAUUAGGCGGUGGACGGUGUAUGGAAGCUGCGUUCAUAUUAGAGUCAAUCGAACAUGGGAAAGGGGGUUUGGACGAAUACUGACACAUGCUGACACGAGCUUGCUCCUGCUUCCACUUCGCGGCUGGCUCAGCUCCGAGGAAA